AUGCUUUUACGUCUAUCGCAAGUUGACGCUGUCUGGCCGGUGGUGCGAUCAGGGCGUGCGCGGGCGCUCUUGGACACGGUAGCUCAGCAGGAUGCGAUAGUCGAUGCGUUGCUGUGGCCACAGCAACUUUCAGAGAGCACUCUGCAACGUCGUGGAAAGCGAACUGUAGCGCCGGCGCACCCGAGCGACGGGCUGCAAGCUGGACGGCGGCAGGUUUCGUCGCAGGCUGCAAUGUGUUUCCUGGUGGCGCCAAGCGUAGACGCGCUGGCUGCAACUCGUACGCUAACGCUGCUGCUCCAAGCCGAGUCUAUACCCUAUCACAUAUAUCCCAUCCACGAUUACCGCGAACUGGAAAACUUGCAGUGCGGUGGGCGCUCGGUUUUGGGAUCGAUGGACGUGCAGGACACCUCGCCGUUGCGGGCAAUUGUUUGUGUGAACUGCGGUGCGGGUGUCGAUAUUGCCGCUCUGCUUCGUCUUCCUGAGGACAGCGAUCUGCCCGUUCUUGUCAUCGACUCGCAUCGUCCGUAUCAUUUGCGCAAUCUGCAGAGCGCCCAUGUGAUCCUCCUGCAUGAUUCGGACGUUUUUGAGGUGCAGUUGCCGCCGAGCGGCGCAGAAGAUGCCCUGGGGCAGAUCCUGCCCAUGGACCCGGAGGCGCACGUUGAUGACGCCACAUCCAGCGACUUGGACACUGACGCAGAUACGUCCCCACAGGACGCAAGGAACCGGCGACGUCGGCGCAGGGGCUUCGGAUCGGGCAUCCAGCGCGCUGUCCAGCGUUAUUACCGACGAACGGAGCGAGCCGCGAGCGCUGCAGGUGUAGCGUACGCGCUUGCUGCGAACCUGAACCGUGCAGAUCUGGACACCUUAUGGUACUGGAUCCUUGCUGUUACGGAGCAGUUUUUUGAUCGCCAAGCGAGCGAUACGGCAUGUUACGAGCAAAUUGUACGCUGUAUCCGGGAGGAAUGGAAACGCAUCAUUUCUCGAUUAUCAACCGAUGAUGAUAACGGUGAUGGACAGAAAGACGCGCUGGCACCUCUCGAGCCGUCGACUGAGUUCUCUCUGGAACUGCUUCGCCACUGGACUCUUUACGAUAGUCUUAUUCAUUCGACGUGGCUGGCAAGUCGGGUUCAACGCUGGCGUCAGGAAGCCGAACGAAGUAUCAGCGAGAUUCUCGCCCUGCUAGGCAUUCCGCUGCGCGAGAGCAAACAGCGAUGGACGCAUCUCGCUGCUGAACUCAAGGAUAGGGUACGAGAGCGUCUUAUUCCAGUGUUAUGCACCUAUUUUACUCGUCGCGAGUCUGAUGCGGGGCGAGUACGCACAAACAGCCGAUGUCGACGUUCGGCUAUUGCGAAUACUUUGUGUUAUGAAUCCUUCGUGCGACGUUUUGGUGCACAUCGCGGGCAAACGGUGUCGGCCGCUGAUGUUGUGCUGGCGGCAGGUGCUCUUCUCGAUCGGGGCCAUUUCUGGCGAGCAUACGCUCUUUUGCAAUGUCGACAUAUCGACGACAUGGUACCAGCAUUUGAGCUUGCGAAGCGAAGCCAGCGCCUCUUGCUCGAAGCGGCUGUAAGCGUGCUGGAACGCCGUGCCUACACUCGCGGACGUCAUGCCUGGUGCGCAAUGCUGGACGGACCGCCCCUGCUCGCCGCGAAGAUAGAACGCAAGCUCCAUCUUCAAAGACGCCUAGCGCUCGCUUUAGGAGACUGGUUUUAUGGCACAAAACGCCAUCCGAAACCGCUCUGGCUGAUUGUAGACAGUCCACAGAGUGAGCACGCAACGGUCACACUGGUAACACCUCAGCGCUCUGCAAGCGAGGACGCGGUGAGCGCCACUUGUGCUGAAUGCGAUCUGCGUGCCUACGCACAGACUUCAGCGACAGCAGCUACUUUACUGGCGCCUGCGUUUCAUGGUUGCGAACCUGUCCAGGCUUCGCUCGGGUCAGGCUCGGUGCCGGACCUGAAGGACCUCCUCACACGCGGGCUCUCCGCACGGCGAUGA